AUGGAGGAUGAGGCGAAUGUCAAGGGGAAAUGCACACAAGGGGAUAGCCAUGGUAGGAACGAUAACCCGCAACAUGAUGUGCAACAUGGCCCGAAGGAUGACCAUUUGAAUGACCAUUUGAAUGAUCGUUCGGAUGAACGUUUGGAUGAUGCAUGGUACCAGGUCGAGGGGGGAGACCGCUCCGGGGAGAGGAAGCUGAAGUUCCUCAUCGAAGGAAAAAUGGUGGAGACGAAAAAUGCAGUAGAUUUCAUAAAGCCCCUGAAGGACGACAUCAAGGCACUAGACUUCCUCCUGUUCGACAUGCUCAAAGAUAACUUGCCGAAUAAGUUGUUCGAAACCUUAUGUACCAUCCACGACUUAUCCGAAAAAUAUAGCGAAAAUCAAACACAGGAAAAUUUCAACUCCUUAAAAAGUUCUAUAUACAAUUUAGAUGAUGAAUAUCUAGGAACAAUUGUGAAUGCCUUUGGGCACAUGUGUAUUUUAUCGAACUUUGCAGAAUGGGCUCAUAGAGGAAGGAGGAGAAAAGCCUUCGACAUGUCAUUCACCCCGAAUGAAAGAAUAUAUGGGUCGGUGUAUGAGACACUAAAAGGAACAUUCCAUAUGUUGAUGAAGAGUGGUUUUGAUAUUAACGAAAUUUAUGAGCAACUAUGUAAUCAGACAAUAGAUUUUGUAUUGACUACUCAUCCAACACAAGCCAUUCGAACAUCACUUUUAAAAAACUACAUACAGCUAGCUGAACUGCUACUAAAGUUGGAUAACACAGAUAAAGAAUUGUACAAGAAAAAAAUCUUGUAUGAUAAUUUGAAAACAUAUUUACUAGCCGCAUGGAAAACAGAUGUAAUCCGAAGGAUUAAGCCCACACCCAUAGAUGAAGCCAUUUCGUUAGUCGACAUAGUGGAGAAUUGUAUCUUCUACAGAAUUCCUAACAUUAUCAGGUAUAUAGAUAAUGUCUUUUACGAAUAUAAUUUGCCCCCACUAAAGUUGGAAUCAAAAAUUUGUCUUUUCUCCUCAUGGGCAGGAGGUGACAGAGAUGGAAAUCCAUUCGUUCUACCAGAAACUACUAGAUACGUUUGCUACAUGAACAAAAUAAGGGGAUGUGAGUUGUUCAUUCCAAUGGUAGAAAAACUUAUCAGAGAUUUAACUCUCCAUCAUUGCACUGAACAUUUUAAAACAUAUGUGAAGCUCCUUGAAGAUGAAGUCUCUCAAUAUAUUUUUGAUAAAGAUAAGAAGUACCUAGCGCAGAAAUUCCUGUGGUUUUCUCCCUUCUCCAAAACUAACAAAAACGAAAUAUAUAGGAGCGCUCUUCUAGUCGUCUGGGCUAAACUCAAAAGUACCGUACAAGUGUACAAGGCUCUCAUUUCCCACCAACCCGUGGAUACAAAUUUUGAAAAAUUAAUGUUUCAUAGUUCAGAGGAGUUUGAGGAAAUACUCAUGGAGUGCUACAAGAGUCUGACCGAUUCUGGAAAUGCUCUCAUUGCUGAAGGGUAUCUAAAAGAUGUUAUUCGGAAUGUUAAAAUAUUUGGUCUGCAUCUAAUGAAGUUGGACAUUAGACAAGAAUCAAAGAAACACGUUGAAGCCAUGGAUUACAUCUGUGAGAAGCUACAAACUGCAAAGUACUCCCUCCUAUCUGAGGAGGAAAAAAUAGAUUUCCUUACAAAGAUACUUCAAUCCAACAGACCAUUAAUACCGAAAAAUAUAGAACAGGAGGAAGAUGUUCCAAACGAUUUCCUAAACGUGAUAAAAACAUUUGAUGUAUGUUCGCAAAUUGAGGAAAGCGCACUAGGUGCAUACAUUGUGUCCAUGUGUAACCACGCAUCGGAUAUCCUACUAGUGGAAGUUUUUCAAAAGGAACUGAAAAAAAAUGCAAAGAGAAAAACACAAAGAGUUGUUCCUCUGUUGGAAACUAUCCAGUCUCUCCAGAUGUCUUGUACCAUAUUGGAAAACUUAAUUCAGAACCCAUGGUAUAGAACCCAUUUGAGAACCCAUUUUGAUAACAAGCAAGAAGUUAUGAUUGGCUACUCCGAUUCUGGAAAAGAUGGAGGCAGAUUCACAUCUGCUUGGGAAUUAUUUAAAGCACAGGAAAAACUUGUACAAAUAGGAAAGCAGUACUCUGUGGAGGUGCGCUUUUUUCAUGGCAGAGGAGGUAGCGUCAGUAGAGGAGGAGGACCACAACAUUUAGCUAUUCUUUCACAACCAAUCAAUACUAUAAAAAACUACCUUAGAGUAACUAUACAAGGGGAAGUAAUCACCCAAAAUUUCUGCCUAAAGGGAAUGAUGUUACGCUCCAUAGAAACUUAUAUCAGUGCACUCCUCAAAUGCUCUCUCUUAAAAAAUACAGUUUCGGUAAAGGACGAAUGGAGAGAACUCAUGGAUGAAAUGAGUGAAAUCACCACAAAAGAGUACAGACAGGUAGUGUAUGAAAAUAAAGAUUUUGUGAACUACUUCAGAUGUGCAACCCCACAGAUAGAAAUAGGAAAACUGAAUUUAGGAUCAAGACCAUCGAAGAGAAAACAAGGAAAUGUAGAAUCACUCAGAGCAAUUCCUUGGGUUUUCUCUUGGACACAGAACCGAAUGCAUCUACCUGUAUGGCUUGGCAUAGAAAAAUUAUAUGACCAUCUCAUAAAAAAAGAAAAAUUGUGGCUCAUCCAAGAUAUGUACAAGAACUGGCCUUUCUGCACUAGUUUCUUUAACCUUAUCAGUAUGGUUAUGGCAAAGGCAAGUUUGCAAAUAACGGAGGAGUAUGACAUUCUGGUUCCUGAGGAAUUAAAAUACAUUGGUAUCAUGCUUAGGGAGAAAUUGAAGAAGGCAAUGGAACUAACUGCUCUCGUUACGAAUGAGAAGAUAUUCUGUGACAACGACAUACUUACCAAGCGUUCCAUAGAGAGCAGAACCAAAUGGGUUGUGGUCUGCAAUUUGAUUCAGAUACAGGCUCUUAAGCGACUUCGGGAGAGGCAGCGCGAGUGGGAGUUGGCACAGGGGAAGGAUCUCUCUAAAAAGAAUAGUGACACGCCCACAGGAGAAGAACAACAAAUACCUAUCCAAAGCGCCCACCCGAACAAUGACCCCAUCGCACCAGACGAUAGUCCACUUACCCCGAUACAGGGACACACGAACGAUGAAGAACACAAGUUAAACAAUUCAUUGACGAAGGAUGAGAUGGAUAACCAAUAUGGAGGUGCCAUCAGUCGAAAAAAAAGUAAGCGCAUUCAUUCAUACUUGAGCAGGAAAAAAAGCAAAUUAAUUAAAAACCCCAAGUACCAUCCUUUGCUUGAACCAUACUCCUCCGCCUACAUACAAAGUGAGGGAGACAAUGACUUCUUUUUAGAGGAUCUAGGGGAUAUGGAUCUGUCCUAUGGAAGGCCCUCCUCCAAAUCGAACGAUAGUACAUAUGAUGAGGUUACGAAAACCUACAUUGAUUACACCUCCCUGAAUGAUGCCCUCAUAGUGUCCAUCAAGGCCAUAGCCGCGGGCAUGCAGAACACGGGCUAG